AUGACAGUCAAGGCACUACAGAACGUGGCCCGCGCCAGGAAUGGCGUCGGUGCCUUUGUCUUGCAAUGCAAGAAGAUGGAACUCCACUACUGCGACUGGGCCGGUAGUUCCAAGGGCAUGAACGGCUUCAUCAAGUCCCUCCUCCCCAAGUUCGCCGCCGCCAACCCCCAGAUCGAAUUCUCCGUUUCCCCCCGGCCGGGAAAGCAUCCUGUCGUGACGGGCCACUACAUCAACGGCCGCAACAAGCCCGUGUGCGUCCGAAACAUGACGCCCUACGAGAUCCUGCAAAAGGUCGAGCUGCUGCGCGACGCCAGCGGCGAGAAGCUGAGGCGCACCAACAAGGCCAUCACGAGCAGCAACCCCAGCGUCAGGGGUGUCUGGUCCCCGUACCAUGGCCACGGCAUGUCUGUAUAA